UAGACAUAUGCUUCCUUCCCCCCCCUCUGUACAUUAUAGAGCUUUAGGCCACUUGUGGUUGGUUCACAUCUCCACUGCCUCCCUCGUGCACGCUGGCUAAUGUUUUAAUUUUCCCGCGGUGCCGCUUUCGGGUCCAGUUCCGCCCCCCAGCGGGCAAAGCAACCACCGCACGGGACCGCGUCUGCCUCCCACCGAGGUUAGUCAUUAACUUCGCCUUCCCGGCCUCCCGGGAGUAGGCGGGUGGGUGCUGCUGAAGAAAGCGGACGACACCUCCUGUCCCGAGGCAUGCUGCCGCUCAGCCGCCGUCACAUCUCACCAUGGGCGACCGGGACCGGGACCGCGCUGCGCGCCAGCGGGCUUUGUGCGUAGAGGACGACGGCGGCGUCGCCGUCGUGUUUCACCGGGUGGACAGCGACGACGGCGGCGGCGACGAGGAGGAGGAGGAGGAGGAGGAGGAGGAGAGUGGCGGGGAUGAGCGGGCGGAGGCGAGGAUCCAGCUGCAGAGCGACUACGCCGACGAUGCCGAAGGCGCGAGGGGAGGAGGCGGAGGAGGAGAGGGAGGAGGCGGCGGGAGAAGCUCGCUAUGCCCGCCGGCGUGUUGCGUCGCGGCGCGCGCCCAGAAAGCCGCGGGCGACGAUGCGGGAAAACCAAAGACAUGUCCGGGUCUCGGUCUGUUCUACGCUUUGCUGUCCACCGUUUUCUUCUCCAUCAUUGCAGUCCUGGUGAAAAGCAUCCAGGGAGUCCACGCCAUCGAGAUCAGCGCCAUACGCUGCUUCUUCCAGAUGCUCUUCACUUUGCCGUUACUCAUCUACCACAAGACGGGUUUCCUUGGUCCCCGAGACAAACGUGUUUAUCUGGUGCUUCGGGGAUUAAUUGGCUCCAAUGCCAUGAUCCUGCUCUUCUAUGCAGUUCAGCAGAUGCCGCUGGCGGACGCCACAGUCAUCAUGUUCAGUAAUCCCGUCUUUACGUCCCUCCUGGCCUGGAUCUUCCUGAAGGAGAGGUGUACAAUCUGGGACUGCGUCUUCACAGUGUUUACCAUCAGUGGGGUCCUUCUCAUCGCCCGCCCACCAUUCCUCUUUGGCGAGCAGCGACGCGGCAUUGAGGGCAACUACGGCAACCACCUCAAGGGGACGAUCGCUGCAUUUGCAGGAGCGAUCGGGGCGGCGUUUACGUUUGUUGUCCUGCGCAAGAUGGGGAAGAGCGUCCACUACUACCUCUCCGUCUGGUACUACGCCGUCAUCGGCUUCGUCGAGUGCAUCAUCGCCGUGUCCGUCCUCGGGGAGUGGAAGAUCCCGUACUGCGGCCGCGACCGCUGGCUGCUGAUGCUGAUCGCCGUCCUGGGCAUCGCCGGCCAGACCUUCCUCACGAAGGCCCUGCAGAUCGAGAAGGCGGGACCCGUGGCCCUGAUGAGGACACUCGACGUCGUGCUGGCGUUCAUCUUCCAAUUUAUCUUCUUCAACCGCGCGCCGACCAUGUGGAGCCUGGGGGGGGCGCUGUGCGUCGUGGUCAGCACGAGUGGAGUGGCGCUGCAAAAGUGGUACAGCAACUCGCGCAAGAGCUGAGAAGGAUGAUGUGGUGUUUGUACUGUUUUCCUCGUUAUAUGUUCAGCAUUUUACUUGUUUCUUACAUGGAAACCUACGAGGAGGCUUAAACUCUUUUGAGAGUUAUAAGGCAGCUUUUGAAGGAUAUCCGUAGUCCCAUUUUACAUUUUAGUCCUGAAUGAAAUAGCCAAAGCGAGAGGUCUACUGCAUUAGGACCAUUUAUCCUGCGUUACAUUAAUUAGCAACGAGGGUAGAAAGAAAGAAAGAACACAACAUAUUUCAUCGUAUUGUGGUUCGCACGAGUCACUUUUGAGUGACUUAUCUGCAAACUAGUAACGAUACAAGCAAUAAAACUGGGAUCACUCUGUCAAUAAUAUAAUGCAAACCAAAAAGCAACCGUAGCACUUAAAUACACAGUAAAGCAGAAAAACAGAAAUAAAUUAAACUAAUUUCCCCACGUUAUUCAGAAACAGAAGUUUUUUUUACUUGAAAACAGCAGUGCGAUUCACUCAGGGAUCCACAUAGGAAAUGCACAGUCUUUAGUGAUUUCAUUCUUAUCCUGCCUCCUCUUACAUAAGACGAUAAUAAGCUAAUAUCCAUUAUUAUACGAUGCAUAUUUAUCUUUGAAGUGCCUUACGCAGGGAACUCUAACCUCCGGCUCCUCUUGGGGGAGCAGUUCCGCCACCAGCGACGUCUUCUGGGCAGCUCCCACGUGUGAUUGUGCAUAUUUCUGAAUAUGAAUUAGGAUGCUUCUGAAAAAGAAUCAACCCACUAAAAAAUUUAACAGCCUUUUUUUAAUGAGCCAACUAAUGCGUAACUGUCUUCUCUGAAAGAGUCUAGUUAGUCCUCAAGAGUCUAAAAAUAUAUUUCCCAUGAAGCUUAAAGUGGCUUUUUGUGACGAGAGGGUAAAAAUAAAGUUUCAGUUACCCACUAUUUUAAUUUAACAAAUAAAACUGUAGUUUUAUUUGGCUGAAAUACAGCUCGAAAAGGAAGGUAAAUAUCCUGCUAGCCUGCUAUUUAUUAUCCUACAGUUUCUUCCUUUCGCCCUUGUCUUGUAAUUAUAGUUUAGCUUCUUCUUCUAAUUCUCUUCUUUACUGGGAUAUUUACAAUGAGCGUCGCAAUGCUGGACAAAGCACUUUCCUAUGAGCACUUAUUUGCUGUGGUGGUGAUGAUGGAGAUCAGUUCAUUCAAUUCUGAUGCUACUUAGUAGUUUUAAAUAGUUGAAUGUAGUUUAAUGCAUCACUUGAUAUGAUGAACAGUGCUGUUAUAAGUGUGAAAUUGAUGAAAUCAAAUGUGUUCCUAGUAUUCUGCUUUAGUGUGGAGGAAAAAGUUGGAAGACACUGUGACAUUCUUUUUAAAUACAUCUUUGUCGUACUGAAGACUUAAUGUUCCCCCAAGAUGUUGAGACACUACUUUUAAGUCCUUUUUUGAUCAGAUUAUCAAUUAAAUUGACUUGAAUGCUAAUAGCUUAAGCACAAUGUGUUGUUUUUCCAUCCAAUGGUAAACAAUAAAAAUAUUUCAGGAGCCAUAAGCUUUGCAAGUAAGGCUGAUUUUGGAUUUUUAAACUAUGCUUUAGUGGAAUUUAAUCGUUUCUGACUGUUUCUGUAAUGUGUUACAUCGACAUAUUCUAAAAGAUGUAUAUAUUUCUGCAUAGUGAUUGAUUAUAUUUAGUAUACUAUCAUUUGAUAUUAAAGUAUAUGAAUAUUAUAAGUCA